AGUUUUUUUGUUCAUUUAUUCAACUAUAGAUCGCAAUUUAAAUCAUUGCAUAAAACGCACACAUUCGUAAACAUGACCGAACGUCGGUUGGAAUUGGAGAGCGAACGAGUCAGGACGUUUGCCCAAUGGCCAACCAAUGCGCCAGUUCAGGUCGACGACUUGGUGAAGAAUGGGUUCUUUGCUACGGGCAACUGGCUGGAAGUGGAAUGCAACUUCUGUCACAUGCGCAUCGACCACUGGGAAUAUGGCGAUCAGGUAGCCGAUAGACAUCGCUCCGCCUCGCCCAUUUGCUCGAUGGUCUUGGCCCCCAAUCACUGUGGCAAUGUGCCCAUAGAAUCCGGGGUAACUGCUAGAGAUCAAGGAAGCGACUCGGAAGGCAACAGCGUCGUUGAUGGCGGCACAGGGCAGCGAGGACAAUGCGCCUAUCCAGAUCUGCUAAUAGAAGCAAAUCGACUCGAAACCUUCAAGGAUUGGCCAAAUCCAAAUAUCACACCACAGGCCUUGGCGAAAGCAGGCUUCUAUUAUCUAAAGCAAUCGGAUCACGUGAGAUGUGUGUGGUGCAAAGGCGUCAUUGCCAAGUGGGAGAAGAACGACAAUGCCUUUGACGAGCACAAACGCUUCUUUCCCAACUGUCCGCGAGUUCAGAUGGGACCGCUAAUCGAGUUCGGUGGCAAGGAUCUGGAGGAACUGGGCAUACAGCCCACAACGACGCCUCAGCGUCCACAAUUCUCGUGCAUCGAGGCGCGUCUACGCACCUUUGCCAACUGGCCCAUUGCGAAUAUACAGCCUGCUGAGGCGCUGGCCCAGGCGGGCCUAUAUUAUCAGAAGAUCGAUGACCAGGUGCGGUGCUUUCAUUGCAACAUUGGCUUGCGCAGCUGGCAGAAGGAAGACGAGCCGUGGCACGAGCACGCCAAAUGGUCGCCCAAGUGCCAGUUCGUGCUGCUCGCCAAGGGGCCCCAAUAUGUGCGGCAGGUGCGCGAAUCAGCGACAGCAUCCCCCACAGCGGCCACAGCGCCAGAGCUACCAACCAGCAUUGGCAGCGCCAUGUUGGCGGCUCCGGCCUGUACGGCUCUGGCUUUGGGCAUCGAUGUGGGCGUAGUGCGGAGCGCCAUUGCCAGAAAGUUAUCAAAUUCGGGCUGUGCCUACGACACGCUGGACGAUUUGCUGCAUGCCAUAUUCGAUGACGCGGGUGGCUCUGGCGCUGCGUUGGAGGUGACUGAGCCGACGGCCUCAACACCAGCUAGCGCUGGCUGCACAGCCACAACGAGCAAAGCGGCACCUGUGGAGCCAGUCAAGCCACAGGCUGUUGAUGCAGUCGCCACCGCUGCUGCAGCUGCAAUAACUCCUGCUGGAGUAGUCACCACGUCCAAUCCCAAUGGCAAUUUGUCCCUGGAGGAGGAGAACCGACAGCUAAGGGAUGCGCGCCUUUGCAAAGUGUGUCUGGACGAGGAGGUUGGCGUGGUAUUCCUGCCGUGUGGACAUUUGGCGACCUGCAAUCAAUGCGCUCCUAGCGUGGCGAAUUGUCCAAUGUGUCGUGCGGAAAUCAAAGGAUUUGUGCGCACCUUCCUCUCCUGAAUGUCACCUGCAUAUCUCUAAUGGAAAGACCUUAGCAUAAUUAAUGUCUACGAUGUACUUGUACCGCCUAGGCAACU